AUGAAGUUGAAGUUGGAAAAUGAAUACUUGCCAGUGGCCAAUGCUCCUAAAUGGCAAACCAACCCUUCCAGUAGAAGUCGGUGCUCCUUGAUAAGAAAGUGCAUUACUUAUCCAGCCAUCCUCAUCUUAUCAGUGUUAUCUGUCUACCAACAUGUUUAUGGUGAACUACCAUUCUCAAGAUUCUUUUUGGUGAACCACGAUGUGUCCAGCCAAAUCAAUCAUUCAUUACAUCAAUUGGAUUCUGGGGUGCCAUCGGGCUCCACUACCGACGCUGAAGGUCCAGAGUAUCAUGAAAUCUUUGAAGUCUCCGUCCCGGCUGUGGAUUAUGGCGUUCCAGUAUAUUCUGAAGUGGUCUUGGAUGAUUAUAGUUUCGGAAACUCUUGGGGAAAACCUGCUAUGGUCGGCUAUACCCCUCCAGAAGAUUUGGAUUUCAAUAGAGUGGUUGUCAAUAUCAGCACGGUUGUCAGUGGGGUGCAAUACGAUAGAUUGGCACAUUUGUACUUGAGUGACGUCCAAAUUUGGAGAACUUCCACUGCAGAACCUGGUGGCAAGUCGGUUAUCUCCAACAUCACGAAAGACGCUAGUGAUUAUCUUAGUCUUUUCAAAAAACCUGGGAAGUUGGUUUAUCAAUUGGAUAACUUGGUCAAUAAUAAACUCACCGGGAUUUUCAACGUCACCAUCACUGUUCAUUACUACAAUUAUAAUGGUGAUGCCAUGGUGAGUUCUUUGGGCUCAUCAAUGCUCAAAUCAUUUGAAUCAUCUGUGCUUCCAUCACAAGCCAAUUCUUCAUUACUUAAUCAAAUUAAACUGAUUUAUUCCGUAGUGUAUGGUCCACCAUCUACGAUCACUCCACUUACUGGCAACAACGAUGGUACUCCAUUGCGCUACUUACCAAAUGACGAUGUUUCUUAUACCCUUUCUCCACUUUCCAGAAAAACCAUUGCCGCAUCAGCUAGGGUUCAUGUCAGUGGUAAUGCUGCUGAAGAAUUCUGGUAUUCCAACGUCCUUGAUGAAAAUGUCCAUAAAUUCGAGAGUCAUGGCCAUCAUUUGCUCGGUAAAGGCCCAGUGCGGGUGUUGAAGUUCUAUCUCAAUGAUCAGCUCGUGGCCAUUGAGGCCCCUAAACCGGUGAUCUUCACCGGAGGUAUUUCUCCUAGUCUUUGGAACCCUGUUGUUGGUACUAAUGCGUUCGAUUUGGGGGCUAUUGAUAUUAAUUUAACUCCUUAUUUGCCAUUAUUGUGGUCUAAGACUAACAAACUCACGGUGGAAGUGGUUACAGGCACCCAGCACGCCACAUUGUCUUUCUUUAGCGAUGAUGAUCUGGGAAUCACCGUUGAGCCAGAAAUCACUCCUGGCAACAACUGGAUAGUUUCUGCUGCGUUAUUUGGUUGGGAAAACCCUGAUAUCACUUUUGCUUCGGGGUUGGUUCCUAACGCUACUGUAGUGAGCAAGAAGGAAUUUGCCAUGAACUUGGGGAGAUUCAAACCAUCGCAGGCUAAUCAAAUCAUUAGCUACUCUGAGUCGGUGUACGGGGUGGGGAUUUUACAACUUGCCACUUCACAAUCGCCCAAACCUAUUGAAUUUGGAUUGAACUCCAGUGCUAGUGUGAAAUUCAGCAACGUGCAAAACUACAAGAAGUUUGCGGAUGUGGAAUCUACGGUGAGCACCAUUAAAAACAACAAAAAAUUCAGUUUGCUCGAUCCUUCAACCAAUUUCACUACCUCGCUUGCCACCGUGGGGAAAAAAGUGAGUUAUGUUUCGGUGUUCAACUUGGAGAUCACUAUGGGUCCAACCAUCAGUUACGAUGUGAGUCUAGUCCAAGUUGAAGAGUCCAAGGUCAAGGCGAACGGCAAUAAUUUGUAUAAUGUUGGGAAAUCUCAAAAUGGUUCGAGCUUGUUUUUCUUAGACCCAAAGGGAAACCAUGGUACCGGGAAGUUGGAAACCAAAAUCAAGGCUAAGAUUCCAGGAGCUGCUGAUUAUCACAGAAAAGUUGUUGCCGAAAAUGGCACGAUUGUGGAGGAUGAAGUCUUGGAGUUUGAAGAAGUUGAUGCCAAGAACUGGGAAGAUGAUGAGCAUAUAAUCGAGAUUGAGAGAUUAACUGAGGCCUUGAUGGAGAUUGAAGAAGCUCAAUUACUUUGA